AAUGCCACCAAAAGCAGAUCCAAGUGAAGUUAAGAUCUUGUUCGUUAGAUGUUUGGGAGGUGAAGCUGGUGCUACCGCCACCUUGGCCCCAAAGGUCGGUCCAUUGGGUUUGUCCGCCAAGAAGGUUGGUGAUGAUAUCGCUAAGGUCACCAAGGAUUGGAAGGGUCUCAAGGUCACUGUCAAAUUGACUAUUCAAAACAGACAAGCUGAAAUUGAAAUCAUCCCAUCUGCCUCAUCAUUGGUUAUCAAGGCUUUGAAGGAAGCUCCAAGAGAUAGAAAGAAGGUCAAGAAUAUUAAACACAACGGUAACAUUUCUUUCGAUGAUGUCCUCUCCAUUGCUAGAACCAUGAGAAGCAAGUCUUUCGCUAAGACCAUGGCUGGUUCAGUUAAGGAAAUUUUGGGUACUUGUUACUCUAUUGGUUGCACUGUUGCUGGUGAAAACCCAAAGACUCUCCAAGAACAAAUCACCAACGGUACUGUUGAAUUCAAGAUCCCAGAACAAUAAAUUUAAAACCUCCAUAAUUAAAAAUUUCAAAAA